GGAAUAAAUAAACAUAAGCUCGGCCCAUUAUCGUAAAAUAUCUAUAUAAGCCGGAAGGGUCCAAUCUCCCCUCGCUAUCUUAACACAAACCUAGCCAAUCUUCGAAUUCUAGAGAUGUCGUCGUCCGCGGCGGAGAACGGAACCAAGAAGAUAACUCUGAGGAGCUCCGAUGGGGAGGUUUUCGAGGUGGAAGAGGCGGUGGCUGUUGAGUCUCAGACAAUCAAGCACAUGAUUGAGGACGAGUGCGCCGACAACGUCAUCCCUCUCCCCAACGUCACCGGUAAGAUCCUCUCGAAGGUGAUCGAGUACUGCAAGCGCCACGUGGAUGCCGCCGCAGCUUCUGGCACCAAGGCGGACGACAAGCCUUCUCCCGACGAUGAUCUCAAGAAUUUCGACGCGGAUUUUGUCAAAGUGGAUCAGGCUACGCUUUUUGAUCUUAUUUUGGCUGCAAAUUACCUGAAUAUCAAGAGUCUUCUGGACCUGACCUGCCAAACUGUUGCUGAUAUGAUCAAAGGAAAGACCCCUGAGGAGAUUCGCAAGACAUUCAACAUCAAGAAUGACUUCACACCCGAAGAGGAAGAGGAAGUCCGGAGAGAAAAUCAGUGGGCCUUCGAAUAGAACUGUUGUUGAACUGAAUUAUCUUUUGGUUAAGUUCUUUCAGUGGUGGCUGAAACACUAAUUAUCCAGACUUCUUUGUGUUUGUGUGUUUUGAGGAUUGCUUUAUGCUGAACUGGUUUUUUACCUUCACGGAUAUUUUGCCCUUCUGUUCAUGUGUUUCCUUCUGGAAGGAUUAUCCACGAUGUUGUGAAGAAUCAUAUUACCUAUUUAAUUAUUGGUGCUCAGUGCCUUAUUUGCUUUUGCUUCUUUGCCUUUCUACAACGUGAGGUAUUGUUCUGGCCUGGUUGGAUAUGAAGAGUAUUGUUAACACACAGGCACUGAAACAAGAUCAGAAUACGUGUUUUUUUAUUAGGAUUAGUUGUUACCCUCAUGGAUCUCUUGCAACACAUACCCUCUUUCUUCCUUUGACAUGCAUUUCUAAGGGGAAAUUUCAUCUCUAUUGUACAAUAUUAAAAUAUUUGUAAA